UUGUGCAGUGGCACAGCUCUCCAUGGAUUUGGGGGAUGCACAUUUUACUCAUUGCGUGAGGACAGGGAAGCCGUCGUUGGCAGUUUCACUUAUUUCUUGUUUUUUUUUUCCGCAUAUUUGUUGAGAAAGCCAUUGUUCAACGAUAUGGUAAGGCUCUGUGAUUUGACAAACAAAUGGGAAAUCACAAAGUUUGUUGGACAUUUGAAGAAAAAAUAAUUACCACGAUGAGAGUUGUCACACAUGAACUUCAGGUAAGCACACAGACUGAAUAUUUGCAUUUAUUGAAUGUGUAGUUGACGAGAUGACUUUUCAGGAAAGUUAUUGGAAUUGCAAUUUCAACAUGUUCACUUUAGCCAACUAAACAAACAACCACAUAACCAAAACAAGCUACAGUAUUUAUUGGGUUUACCGGUUUCAAAAUGUUGCGAUUAGACAUAAAUAUUGCAAUAAUAUCAGAUAAUUAUAGAUUAGGCUAUUAUAGAAUGCAUUUGUUUUAACACUUUAUUAAGCACAUCAUUAAUCAGACUAGGAUCUUAUGGCUAUGAAUGAGAUGUUUAUUCAAUAGAUGAUGGUUGAAAAUAAAUCCCACAUUUUAAACUUGUGCCAUGCUUAAAAUGGCUUUGUUUAGUUCAGAACAUGAGUCAAGUUGUGUGGGACAGUAAUUCAUAAUGGGCUUUAGAUAAGAGCCUCCUUGCCCCUAUUUAACCCUUGUGAUGGGGCCCCAGGUUAUGCCUUUUUGCAUUGUGCUUUCUUGAGAAUAACAGGCAGUUUGUAUUAUUUAAGCACAUAGCAAGUUUACUCACUUGUUUGAUCACCAACUUCAACCUGUCUGUGGUACACUGACGCUAUUGUCAGACAGUGGCAAAGCAGACUCGACAGACCAGACCGAGGUUUGGAAAGUCAAUGUAAGAAGUGAAACAUUUGUUUAAUUCAAUUUUCUGCGUUCGGAAAGUAUUCAGACCCUUUGACUUGUUCCAAAUUUUGUUACGUUACAGCCUUAUUCUAAAAUGGAUUAAAUCGUUUUUUCCCUCAUCAAUCGAUACACAAUACCCCAUAAUGACAAUGCAAAAGCAGGUUUUUAGACAUUUUAGCCAAUAAAAAAAAUAUAUAGAAAACGGAAAUAUCACAUUUACGGAAGUAUUCAGACCCUUUACUCAGUACUAUAGGGCGGCAGGUAGCUUAGUGGGUAAGAGCGUUGUGCCAGUAACCGAAAGGUCGCUGGUUCUAAUCCCCGAGCCGACUAGGUGAAAAAUCUGUCGAUGUGCCCUUAAGCAAGGCACUUAACCCUAAUUGCUCAUGUAAGUCGCUCUGGAUAAGAGCGUCUGCUAAAUGACUAAAAUGUAAAAUGUAAAUGUACUUUGGUGAAGCACCUUUAGCAGCAAUUACAGCCUUGGGUAUUCUUGGAUAUGAUGCUACAAGCUUGGCGCACAUGUAUUUGGGGAGUUUCUCCCAUUCUUCUCUGCAGAUCCUCUCAAGCUCUGUUAGGUUGGAUGGGGAGCGUCGCUGCACAGCUAUUUUCAGGUCUCUCCAAAGAUGUUCGAUUGGGUUCAAGUCCGGCCUCUGGCUGGGCCACUCAAGGACAUUCAGAGACUUGUCCCGAAGCCACUCUUGCGUUGUCUUGGCUGUGUGCUUAGGGUCGUUGUCCUGUUGGAAGGUGAACCUUCACCCCAGUCUGAGGUCCUGAGAAUUCCGGAGCAGGUUUUCAUCAAGGAUCUCUCUGGACUUGGCUCCGUUCAUCUUUCCCUCGAUCCUGACUAGUCUCCCAGUCCCUGCUGCUGAAAAACAUCCCCACACCAUGAUGCUGCGACCACCAUGCUUCACCAUAGGGAUGGUGCCAGGUAAACUUCAAGCUGGCUGUCAUGUGUAUUUUACUGAGGAGUCGCUUCCGUCUGGCCACUCUACCAUAAAGGCCUGAUUGGUGGAGUGCUGCAGAGAUGGUUGUCCUUCUGGAAGGUUCUCAUAUCUCCACAGAGGAACUCUGGAGCUCUGUUAAUGUGACCAUCGGGUUCUUGGUCACCUCCCUGACCAAGGCCCUUCUCCCCCGAUUGCUCAGUUUGGCCGGGCGGCCAGCUCUAGGAAGAGUCUUGGUGGUUCCAAACUGUGUUCUUGGGGACCUUCAAUGGUACCCUUCCCCAGAUCUGUGCCUCGACACAAUCCUGUCUCAGAGCUCUAUGGACAGUUCCCUCAUAGCUUGGUGUUUGCUCUGACAUGCACUGUCAACUGUGGGACCUUAUAUAGACAGGUGUGUGCCUUUCCAAAUCAUGUCCAAUCAAUUGAAUUUACCACAGGUGGACUCCAAUCAAGUUGUAGAAACAUCUCAAGGGUGAUCAAUGGAAACACGAUGCACCUGAGCUCAAUUUUGAGUCUCAUAGCAAAGUGACUGUAUACUUAUGUAAAUAAGGUAUUUCAGUUUUUUAUUUGUAAUAAAUUUGCAAAAAAUUCUAAAGACCUGUUUUCGCUUUGACAUUAUGGGGUAUUGUGUGUAGAUUGAUGAGGGGAAAAAAUAAUUUAAUCCAAUUUAGAAUAAGGCUGUAACGUAACAAAAUGUGGAAAAAGUCAAGGGGUCUGAAUACUUUCCGAAUGCACUGUUUAUCUUUGGUAAAAUAAAUAUCACAAACCUAGCGCACUGGGCCUUUACUAGUCCUGUAUUAGCGACUGAUAUAGCCAUCUGUAGCUAGGGCUUUUUUUUGCAGUUGAGAUUACAUUAAUAGUAGGCCUACAUGGUGCAAGGUUCUAACAGCAGACCUAUUUGCUUGCUGCCAGCUCUUAGCAAACUGUUGGAAAAAAUUGUGUUUGAUCAAAUACAAUGCUAUGUCUUUGCAAACAAAUUAACAACAGACUUUCAGCAUGCUUAUAGAGAAGGGCACUCAACAUGUACUGCACAGCUAUUUUCAGGUUUCUCCAGAAUGUUUAUUUAUUUAAUCAAUUUUAGAACAAGGCUGUAACGUAACAAAAUGUGCAAAAAGUUAAUGGGUCUGAAUACUUUCUGAAUUCACUGUAUACCACGGCUGUCACCAAUCAGCAUUCAGGGCUGAACCAGUUUAUAAUUAAGCAAUAAGGCCCGAGGGGGUGUGGUAUAUGACCAAUAUACCACGGCUAAGGGCUGUUCUUAAGCAUCGGGUGCCUUAUUGCUAUUAUAAACUGUUUACCAACGGAAUUAGAGCAGUAAAAAUAACUGUUUUGUCAUACACAUGGUAUAUGGUCUGAUAUCAGCAUUCUGGGUUUGAGCCCUGAAUGCUGAUUGGCUGAGAGCCGUAGUAUAUUAGACCGUAUACCACGGGUAUGACAAAAUAUUUAUUUUUACUACUCUAAUUACAUUGGUAAUCAGUUUAUAAUAUCAAUAAGGCACCUCGGGGGUUUGUGGUAUAUGGCCAAUAUACCAUGGCUAAGGUCUGUAUCCAGGCUCUCCGCGUUGCGUCGUACUUAACCAUAAGAACAGCCCUUAGCCAUGGUAUAUUGGCCAUCUUCCACAACCCCUCGGGCCUUAUUGCUUAAAUAACGCACAUAGUAUAUCAGCAUGGUAGAAUUCAAUGGCUAUAGUUCAUUCUUACAUGUUCUAUGUUUGAGCUGCUUUUGAAAGUAAAAGUUGAAUUGAAAACAUUGUUGGCAUUGUUGAAUUCGAUUUUCAUAAUAGCAAGCUAGGACUGAUGGUUUGGUUGGCUAACUUGCAAGUUUGUUUGUUUGGUUACCAAGGCAACUACUGUAGCUAUCUAGUAAACUUCCUAGCUACUUCAGUGGAUGUUGAACACAUUUCUAGGGGAAAAUGUGUUAAAUUAUAGCCAUGGUAUAAAAGGGAUAACCAACUCGGGGCUCUAUGCGUUCUCUGGAAAAUAAUGCAACUCCAUGGAAGGUUAGUUCCACUCCUCUAGUGCGUCGUGGAAUACACCUUCCAUGGAGUUGCAUUAUUUUCCAUAGAACGUAUAGCCUUUGGUUGAUUUUCCGGCCUUACAUAUCAUUACAUGUUAAAUCAACCAGAACUUGAAACCCUAAACCUAUGUAUUGCCUAUUUUUAGCUGAAUCCUGGGUUGAAUUGAAACAAUAGCUGUUGAUGAAUUUGCAAAUGUUAUAUAGACCUAAAUAGCAUAAUUGAUGAUAUAUGAAUGAUAAAGAAUGGUCACAUUUUAUUUGCUCUGUUAAACCUACCCUUUGGAAUGACUUCGAUAGCAACAGUAAAUCUGUUUCGUUUUUAAGUGGAGAUCGCUCAACAAUCAUUCUCACGAUAGCACAUUGGUAAUAGUCAGUGACAAAUAGCAUGUCUGGGCUUGGUUAAAACCCUGGAUGAGAGACCAAAGAGUUGCUGUAGAUAAAUCAAUUGUUUUUUUUCUGUUCUGAGAGUCGAUAUAACUUUGAAGAUCUGACGUUGUUUUAAAGGUACAAUGUAUUUUCCACGUAGGUUCCAGGUCACAAUACAUUGACAAAUGACGUUGAAACAAUGUUGAUUCCAACCAGUUUGUGCCCAGUGGGAAGAUUGUUCGAACUGUUUUAUAUACAAGCGGCAGCAGAGUCACCAAAUAUAUUUAUAACCAACCCAAGAUAGUUAAUCUGUGUCGUUUUCAAUGGGAGUAAAUUAAGCAUAGUGGGCAGAACACUCCAUACUCUCCCACUACCGGCCACUGGGCUUCCUCUCCUCACCAUAUUUGGUGGGGAGUGGAAAUUCCAACCUGUUGCUUCAGAUUUAUACAUCUGGUGAAACAACUGGCUCCUUGUUCUAUCUGUGAAGUCACAGAGUGACAGCACUGAGAAGCAGCUGAAAUGAGAUAGACUAGUGGAUCCCGCAUGUGCAGAAAUCUCCGUAGUUUUGGCAACAGCAAGUCGGGUUCCUGAAAAUCCGGAACCGCAGCCACUCCGUUAUGGGUCGUAGCCUAUAGUAUUUGUAUUUUUAGGGAUGUCACUUCUUGCCACUGUGGGGCAGUAAUGCUUAAGGUGAUGGGUCAGGUCAUAGGUUAGGUUAGGUUAGUUAUAAAGGAUGACGAAGAUGCACAAAGUAAAUCGUAAUAGUGGGUACAUUUCCGUAACAACAAAGAGCAUUAAACGGCUUAAAAGAUACGUUAGAUUUUUUACAACCAAAUCUCUAUUUUUGAUGUAAAUGCCAUUUACAGGGUCCAGACACCUUUUUUGUGAUUUCACUUGUUUUUGAGAAACUUACCCCAAACAGUGAAUCAUCCUUUUAGAGACGGCAAGGCUCUCAGUAUAGUGAUGCAGCUUUUUAGAUGUUGUACACAUGAAAUUGUCAUUCCGAACUUUAUUCGCAAUGUUAUAUUUCAUUUUGUGUGACUCAAGCAGUUUUCCCCUACACAGCUGUGCAGGCCGGUGUGUCCAUAUAGUAUACAGACAUUAUUCAUAAUUUUAACUUUAUUUUAGUUCGUUUUUGGAGUCAAAGAUAAUAGUUUCAGUAUAGUUUUAGUUUUUCAAACGGGUUUGUUAAUUACUUUAUUUCAGUUUACUAAAUUGUUUUUUCAUGAUUCGUUUUCGGUUUCAUUUUUCGUUUACUAUAAUAACCUUAUAGGAAGGUUACUAUGGGUGUGAAAUGUAUCAGGAGAUGUGUAUAUUUAGCAUUUGUACAAUUAUUUUGAUGUUAUAUGAAAGUAGAGGGCAUAUGUUUCUAGAACCGUAUCACAAUUGUGAAUCGAUUCACGCUUAGAUCGAGUAGGCCUAUUUGGCUGUUUUGACUGACAAAUCCUUCAUCCUUCAUUGACUCCCUGUCAAAAUAAAGGUGAAAUAAAUUGAUUCAGUUAGUUGGAAGUGGUCCCUUGAACGUAUAGAUGGCUGGUGUGAUCAAAUGUAAACCAUUCACAUCACCUAGCAUUCAGCAUCUCCACAUAGUAUUCAUAAUUCAAUGGAUAAAUUGCCCGCUUAAAAAUACCAUGCAAGGCAAUACACAGAGCAUGAGCAUGCACGGUAAUUGCAGACACCAAAGUAUUCUGUAUUUUUCUGCGUUGAGUAAGCAAGCUUGAAGCUUGGCUAGUAGCAAAUCCCAUUAUCCUGUUUCUGCCACAUGCUUUCCUGACUGAGAUCAGAGAGGCACCCCUCCCUACCUCUGUCCUCAACCAUCACAUGCAACACCAAGCCAAGCCUGCAUGGAUGCACAUGGACACACAGCCUCACUUGUCUUGGAACCUAGAAUGUACUAAAGUAACCCUAAUACACAUGAUCUAUUGUGUUUUUGAUGGCUGACUUUUGCAUAGGCCUAGCACUCCCAUACAUAGGCCUCAAACUUUGUUUUGUUGUCACUGCCAGAGCUUCAGUGUUCCCUGCCUUGUGAUCUCAUUACUGCAUGUACAGGGGGGGUGUUGCUAAAAAAGACUUGGUUAAGCCAAUUAGAAGGAAGGUUACUAAUCCUGUUCUCAGAUUCCCAGCCUGUUGGGAGGAAGUGAGCACAACCCUUACCAGCCUACAGGCAAUGGCCUCUGAUAUAAUGGCUCUUCCUUUACUGUACAUUGAAAUGGAAAUAGUUAUUACACUAAAUGGGAAAUCUGACAUGGAUCUUAAAUAGCUCAGUAGCACAAAUACCUGUUGUGCAAGGCUGAGCGGGAUCUCAGGUUCUGUCACAAGCCCCCAUGGAAACCAUUGCCAAGAGCUAGAUGUGCUUUUAGCAUUUUUAUAAAUAACACCUGCCCACAAGUUAUGAAUACAGGCCUCAUAUCUUCAUGCAAUGACCUCAGACAAGAGAUUUGUGAAUCAAACGUUGUCAAGAGUCUCUUCAGCCCCUUUUUCACAUAAUUGCAGCAAACAAUUGUCCAGUUAACGAUUCAGAAUAUGCAACUGGUUCAAAAGAAGCUACAAAACCUUUCACAUUCAACAGCAGAGGAAACAUGUUUGCAAGGAGAAGCCAUCUAUAUGUGUGCAAAAUUAUAACAUGAGGAAAUGUAGCCAGUAAAUUCCAUCAAUGUACAUGCAUACAGACAAACAGUUAUAGGAGUGGCAUGCAUAUACUGUCCCUGCACCUGAGUACAGCUAUGUAGCCUACAUGAUCAUGCCAGUGCUGACUGUCCAUUUCCACACCCAUUUGGUCUACCCCAGAAGUUGAUGUGAGGCUGGCUACUAUUGCAGAAUUAUAGCACUGCCUAGAUUUCUCUUUAGUGAGAGAGUGUUUGUUUCCUGACAGAAUUCAGUCUUUCUGACGUGAACAAGGUAGAUCCAGUAUGUGUUCAAGUGAAGCAUCUCUCUGGGAACGAGAUUAGAGGGAGUCCCCUCAAGUCCUCUGAAGUUUAGUUUGUUUCACGGAUUUGAGGCAAAUAACCUGUGUCAGUGUUCGGUGUGUUGGACACCUCUGGGGGAGGGGUGUAUAGGAUUGAGUUUUCUUUUUCUUUUCCGGACAAGAAUGCUGCUCUGUUGAGAUGCCAUUGAGAUCGUCUUGAAUAACAACUAUUUCAAAACCUUCCAAGUACAGUGUCUGUGUUGUCCUCAUAAGUAAAACAUUUUUUCUGUAAAGGUUGUUUGAUUAUUGCUCACAUUUCAUGUGUUUACUUUCUUUCUCAGACCCAUAACCUGAGAUGACAGGGAGUUUGUAGCAGGACAGUCUCACUGAAAAAUCUACCAAUAACACAAGGGAGGGAAGCCUGACAUUAUCAUUUAAAAAUGGAAUCAUUUCAAAAUCCUUACGGGUCCACGCUCAACCGCAGCCAAUCGCUGAUGAGUGGCCUGGAGAAGACCCCUCCCACGUGCAACAAGCCCACCCACUCUCGGAGCAGUAGCACUGCCUCCUCCCGUCACUCCCGGGUGAGUAUGUUUCUUCCACCAAGAGAGAGUCACAAUGACAAAGAAUCAACAUCAACACAUUCAAUAAACAAUCAACACAUUCACAGUCACUGAACAAAUUAAAUUCUAUAUGUAGGCCCAUUCUGCACUUGUUUAAAUAUCAGAUAUCCAAACAAAACAUCAAACUGGAUGUUAACAUCUCACAAAUAACAAGACUGUCUCUAGAUGGUUGUUGAUGUGUCUGUUAUGGUGUUGUCUCACCAUCAGAACAUUAAAGAUUGGGAGGUGAUGGAUGACCUUCAGGUGGACAUGACGUCAGGUGACAACCCCCAGGACCUGACCACCCCAGGCAUCUGUGAAGGAUACCUCCUCAAGAGGAGAAAAUGGCCCCUGAAAGGCUGGCACAAGGUCAGGAAACUGUCCAUUCAUCCAAUCCAUCACUGUGUUGUUUGGUCACUAUUUUGGAAAUUAGUUCAUUUUUGCCUUAAGUCAUGUGUUUUUUAUUCUACUUUCAGAGGUACUUUGUGUUGGAAACAGGGAUCUUGCGAUAUUCCAAAACCCAACAAGAUGUAGGUGCACAUUCCCUUUACUAUGUAUUUUAGUUAAAUUAUGAAAACCUCACCAUUAAUAAUGGAAAGCACUUAUUUUUUAUUUUAAAGAUCACAAGGGGAAAGCUCCAUGGUUCAUUAGAUGUCAGCCUUGCGGUCAUGUCAAUCAACAAGAAAUCCAAUCGUAUCGAUUUGGAUGCAGGAGACAUUCUAUAUCACAUGAAGGUAUGCCCCGUCCCUUUCACUUUAUUUUAGCUUGUUGACUACGCUACAUACAUUAUGAUUAAAUAACUUAAUAAACUAAAUUGAGUAUUGUUCAGGGUUGAAUUGAAGAACAGUUGAGUUGGAUUAUCUUUCUGGGAUUACUUUUAGAAGCCUGUAGUAAUUCAAAUGAACUUGGUGCCACUCUUCCUGUUCUUUCGUCUCCUAGGCCAAGAGUCAUGACCUGUUCUACAUCUGGGUGACCAAGCUGAGUGCCCACCGCAUGUUCAAGAAGAGCGAGGCUGCUCAAGUGCACAAUGGCUUCCUCCAGGCCUUGUCCCAGGGCACCAGUGUGGCUGGACUAGCACAGAGGAACGGCAUGCAGGACGUGGUAAAUUCUCUUUGUAGAGGUCCAGUCUCUAUUGGUAAUGAUGGUGGUUCAUAGUCUUGUAUUGACUCUCUCUCUUCUCUGUCUGUCUGUGUCUGUUUCUCUGUCCGUCUGUCCGUCUGUGUCUCUUUCUCUCUCUCUCUCCUCUCUCUCUCUCUCUCUCUCUCCUCUCUCUCUCUCUCUCUCUCUCUCUUCUCUCUCUCUCUCUCUCAUCUCUCGCUCUCUUCUCUCUCUCUCUCUCUCUCUCUCUCUCUCUCUCUCUCUCUCUCUCUCUCUCUCUCUCUCUCUCUCUCUCUCUCUCCUCUCUCUCUCUCUCUCUCUCUCUCUCUCUCUCUCUCUCUCUCUCUCUCUCUCUCUCUCUCUCGUCCGUAUACCAGUCUUCCUACCAACACUACCAAAGCACUACAGGCUCUUACAUUGGUGAGAUAGCUGCACCAACACAGUCAGAGUUUCCCUCGGUCAAUCCUGGGGUAAAUGGGAAGGUGUCAGCCUGGUUACAACAGACUCAUGACCCAGACAGCUGUGCUCAAGGUACUGCACUCUUAUCUUGUAUACAAAGUACACCCAAUAUGUUAUAGUUUGUUAGAGCUGCCAAACUUAGAAAUAUAUGAUUUUUUUGUACUCAUGCAAACAGUAUCUCUAGCUCCUAAUUCUCAUGAAUGGUACUUCAUGGACGACCAUGGUUAGGAAAUUUACAAGUGUUUUUCUCUAGGUCUUAACUCCCCAGUAGAACUGUUCUGGGACCUGCCCUAACAGUCUCUGAAUUGUUUUUGCAGAGCUGAACCGUUGUCAGUUGGACCUGUCUGAGCUGAACCGGCUGGUCCAGAGGCUGCAGUCACUGGAGGGGGGGCAGCUGGCCUUCCCCAACGGAGAGCUGCAGCGCAUCAUCAGCAUGCAGGUGAGAUGGAGCAACACUACGGCCCAGUUCCAAACCAACCCUUCCUAGGAUAGGUUUAGCAAUGUGGUAAUGGUUCCACCCCAGCCAUCUCAUAGGCUAGGAUCAAAUAUCAACACUUAUCCAGUUGUUUCAUGACUACACAUUUUCCCAGGGGCUAGGGGUGACUUUGGAACUGGGCAUACCAGUGAGUUGCAGGACAAGGGUGUGAGACAUGCUUGAAUUUAGUAAUGUAAUGAGACAACUGGCUCAUCCCACUGGGCAAAAACUGGUUGAAUCAACGUUAUUUCCACGCCAGUUCAAACAAAACUUUCAAUGUGAUGACGUUGAAUCAAUGUAGAAAACGUAAGGGAAUUUCAUAUUUCUUUCCCACCCAACUUUACUAAAUCCAAUGACAGGGUGACAUUUUGGGUUGAUUUCACAUUUAAUUCACAUCUGUGCCCAGUGUGAUGUCGGUUCAGUGAUUUAAGAGUCUUUUUUUAAUUCCACCAAGAAUCUCUCACUUGAGAAACCCAAGAAGUCCAGGUCUGGCAAGAUAUGGGGUCACUCACGCACAAUGUCAAGAGUGGAGGCCCUCGGAAUGGUAAGACAGGUUUGUAACAUAUAAAUCAUUUGGUUUUAGCUGUGGUUCUUAGAUCAAAUGUGGAGGUGAUUUAGGAAAACUUUAGACUGACCUUUUAGUUUUGACUUAUGGAUAUUGUUCCAGUGAAUUUUCCAAUGGAUUUGGUACUAAUGUUCAGAUAUUUUUAAAUCCCCAAAAUCCUGAAAAUCCUAAAGGUGAUUGUGUACCACUAAACAACCUGUUAUGAAUACAAUGUGUUGGGUUUGUGUAUUAGCCAACCCAAUCCCCUGAUAACUUUUAGGCUUCUUUUUAAUCCAAAGCCUUUUCGUGGGAUUACUAAAUCGGUGAGUCAAGACUAGGACACUAGGCAGACUGCCAAAGCAUGGAACUACUAGUCCUAAUUUAGCUCUUCCAUGUUGUCCAGACAGUCAUAUAUAGACAAAGGGGUACAUUUGUUUACAAUGGAAAGUAACAUCAAAUCAGAUGUAACUUCAGGGACAGAGUAAAGCAACCAUUUACAGUAAAAACUGAAGUUGUAGCAGUGAUAAAAGUUUGAGAAAUAAGACAUAUUUGUUUUGGUUAAAACCUUGUAGGACAUAUAUGCUCCUAGAACUUGACGCUAGCUUUUAGCAUUCCAUAGUAGCUACAUUGCAUGGCUUGUACACAGCUUUCCUUAAUUGUCCUUCUACAUUAAAACAUAUUUGACAUCUCACUAAUGUUGGGAAUCAGUGACUAACAAAUACUGUAGAAAAUGGUUGUUCUGUUUGUUCUACUUGUUCAUUCUCCAUCGUUCCUCCAUUUUGUAGCUGUCCUCUAGUCACCUGAACAGCUCUUCCCACAUGGGUGCGUCUGUCCCCUCCCUCCCAGACUAUGUACCCUCCAUCCCAGACUACGUCUGCUCCCAGCUGUCCCCUCCCACCAAUACCUCCCCUGAAGGCAAGAAGAUCCAGCAGGACAUCUGUAUCAUGUCCCAAAGAGGUCAGAGCCAAACACACACACACACACUUUGCCUUCCGGUGUUGUUGUAACUACUGAUGCUAAAUGUGAAUUUCUUGAUUUUCUUGUCCCUGUCAGUGCACAUGUCCCUCAAGUCUGUGCAUGAGGCCUUGGCCCAGGAGCGUCAGAGACUGCAGGACACUUACCACCAAUCAACCACACUGGCUGAGGUGAGAGUAUACACCUUCAUGGAGACAGGCUUGGUUUACAAUAGACCUAUGAGUGCUUUUCCUCACUGAUUCUGUCUGUUUUGCGGUCUUUCUCAUGGUGUGUAUUGUUCGUCACUCUUCCCCUCUCUUUAGACUGCAUCUGGGAACCAGUCCCGCCGCACGCCCUCAGUGACAGACUCUGCAGCAGAGUAUUUUGAUGCGAGUGACGACGUCCUGAAUGGGAGCUCCUCUGAGUCUGACGAGUCUGGUCUGAGCGACAGGACCUCCAGCAACUCUGAACCUGAGGAGGGCCAUGGUGAGCGUGAACACAAUUGGCCCAGUGUCGUCCGAGUUAGGGGAGGGUUUGGCCGGGGGGGCAUGACUUGGGUCAUCGCGCUCUAGCGACUCCUUGUGGUGGGCCGGGCGCCUACAGGCUGACUUGGUCGUCAGUUGAACAGUGUUUCCUCCGACACAUGGGUGCAGCUGGCUUCAGGAUUAAGCGAGUGGGUGUUAAGAAGCGCGGCUUGGCGGGUCAUGUUUCGGAGGACGCAUGACUCGACCUUCGCCUCUCCUGAGCCCGUUGGGGAGUUGCAGCGAUGAGACAAGAUCGUAAUCACAAAAUUGGGGAGAAAAAGGGGGUAAGAAUUAAAAAACAUUUUGUUUUUCAAUGUAUUGAAACCUUUAAAUCUCUUCCCCCCAGCUUCGGCCACUCGUGAGUACCGUGCCAGCAUCUCUAAGGCUCCCAACAGCGUCGUGCCCAAGAACACCGGCCGCCGUACCACGCUGCCUGCCCACUGCCCAGAGAACGCCCAUGUGGGCCUGAUGCAGAUCCUCUACAACAAUAUAGGCAAGGACCUGUCCCGUGUCUCCAUGCCUGCUGCUCUCAACGAGCCCAUCAACCUGAUACAAAGACUGUGCGAGGAGCUGGAGUACUCCGAGCUGCUGGACACUGCCAACAACACACAGGACCCCUACCAGAGGAUGGUAAGGAUUUUUAAAGAUACAUGAAUGUAUAUGUCUUCAAUAUUUGGUAAAGCAAAGGAUGUACUGCUUUUAGAUAGACCUUAAAGACGCUGAAUGGGAAAGUGCUCAAAGUAGCAGCAUUUGGUCACAUCAAUAAACUAUGAUAAAGAUUUUCCAUUCUGUCAAAGGUAUAUGCUAGAAUACAGUAUACAUUGAGCCUCAGGAUUUAAACGGAACCAUGACAUCUACUGUAUGUUAGUGAUUUACAGUAGGUUAGAUUAGAAGACUGAAGGUGUUUCUCUGUUCUUGUGCAGGUCUACAUUGGUGCCUUUGCUAUCUCUGGUUAUGCUACAGCUCACUACCGCAACCGCUACAAGCCCUUUAAUCCACUCCUGGGGGAGACCUAUGAAUGUCUGAGAGAGGACAAGGGCUUCCGCUACAUCAGUGAGCAGGUAGGAGGACUGAACCUUCUCUGACAUCCCUCAGCAGAACUGAAGAGUGACCAGGUCAGACUAGUUCUAUCAGAUUCAGAUUAAACCAUUCUUGUCUUUCAUCAGGUUUGCCACCAUCCCCCCAUCUCUGCAUGUCACGCAGACUCAGAUAACUUCUCCUUGUGGCAGGGUGAGCUUUUCUGAUUAUAAAUUAGCAAAACCUUGAUUCUAGUCAGCUAGCGAUAAGCAAGUGUCUUAACAUUUGUUUUGAACCAUUUUUGUAACUAUACUAUCUGACAUUUGUAUCAAUAAUGUUUCUCAUUGAACACAACAUAUUUAUGUCACCUGAACAGACCAGCGGUGGAAGAAUAAGUUCUGGGGAAAGUCACUGGAGAUCAUGCCAACAGGGAUCGUGAACGUCACUCUCCCAAGGUAAGUGCUGGUCCUGGUGGCCAUUUCUUUACUAUCUGCUCUCUCAAGCUGUUAGAAAUGAAAAUGUAAAACGCUCUACCUUCAAUCAUUCUUUCAGGUUUGGGGACCACUAUGAGUGGAACAAAGUGGUGACUUGUGUCCAUAAUGUCCUGAGCCAGCAGCGCUACCUGGAGCACUAUGGGGAGGUUAUCAUCCGUAACCUCAACAGCAACGCAUGCACUUGUAAGAUCACCUUCGUCAAGUCCCGCUAUUGGGGGUCAGACACCAACAAGAAUGAGGUGCAGGGCAUUGUGCUGGACCAGACUGGGAGUGUUAUCCACCGGUUUGGGGGGUUGUGGCAUGAGGGCAUCUUCUGUGAUACUUUUCCCACUCCGCAGUGUAUCUGGAAGCCAAGUGAGUAUCCCACCCACACAAGGAAAACACUCAAUGAGAGUUUAAAACAGAAUUCUUGUAUCAGUAGCCUUCAAACCCUAAGGGCUCUAUUUCUCCUGUAAAGAACAUUGGACUCAUUAUGUGCGAUGCCCAUUGAAUAACACAUGUUAGUAUGUAGGAAGCCUAUUUAGAAAGACCAAAUGUACAGUUUUGUCACACAACACAAUGCCACAGAUGUCUCAAGUUUUGAGGGUGUGUGUAAAUGUUAUGCUGACUGCAGGAAUGUCCACCAGAGCUGUUAUAAGCCGCCUCCAACAUCGUUUUAGAGAAUUUGGCAGUACGUCCAACCAGCCUCACAACCACAGACCACGUGUAACCAUGCCAGCCCAGGACCUCCACAUCCGGCUUCUUCACCUGCGGGAUGGUCUGAGACGAGCCACCCAGACAGCUGAUGAAACUGUGGGUUUGCACAACUGAAGAAACUGUCUCAGGGAAGCUCAUCUGCGUGCUCGCCGUCCUCACCAGGGUCUUGACCUGACUGCAGUUUGGCGUCGUAACCGACCUCAGUGGGAAAACGUUCACCUUCGAUGGCCACUGGCAUGCUGGAGAAGUGUGCUCUUCACGAAUGAAUCCCGGGUUUCAACUGUACCGGGAAGAUGACAGACAGCGUGUGUGGCAUCAUGUGGGCGAGCGGUGGGGUUAUGGUAUGGGCAGGCAUAACCUACGGACAACGAACACAAUUGCAUUUUAACAAUGGCAAUUUGAAUGCACAGAGAUACCGUGACGUGAUCCUGAGGCCCAUUGUCAUGCCAUUCAUCCACCGCCAUCACCUCAUGUUUCAGCAUGAUAAUGCACAGCCCCAUAUAUCACAAGGAUCUGUACAUAAUUCCUGGAAGCUAAAAAUGUCCCAGUUCUUCCAUGGCCUGCAUACUCACCAGACAUGUCAACCAUUGAGCAUGUUUGGGAUGCUCUUGAUCGCGUGUACGACAACGUGUUCCAAUUCCCGCCAAUAUCCAGCAACUUCACACAGCCAUUGAAGAGGAGUAGGACAACAUUCCACAGGCCACAAUCAACAGCCUGAUCAACUCUAUGUGAAGGAGGUGUGUCGCGCUGCAUUAGGCAAAUGGUGGUCAUACCAGAUACUGACUGGUUUUCUGAUCCCACCUUUUUUUUAAGGUAUCUGUGACCAACAGAUGCAUAUCUAUAUUCCCAGUCAUGUGAAAUCCAUAGAGUAGGGCCUAAUGAAUUCAUUUCAAUUGACUGAUUUCCUUAUAUGAACUGUAACUCAGUAAAAUCUUUGAAAUUGUUGCAUGAUGCAUUUAUAUUUUUGUUCAGUGUACAUCUAGCUACAUGAUGUUGAACUUCCAUCCUCUCAGGCCAGGGGCACAAUGUAUGAAUUUAUGGUUAGAUCAGAAUCUACGUUAUAAUCAUUGGCCAGUACGGAGAAUUAAGUAAAACCACAAGUCCAAAUCCCUAUGUCCAUCCAUGGCUAAUUUAAGACAUUUCAGAAUUUAGCUAGCUAGCUAGCCACCGAAGGACAACGAGAUGCAACAAUUGAAGUUUUUUUCUGUUAAUGACGUUUGGCUUUUGAUGUGAUUGGUCUUAAGCCAAAUCCAAACUGGCUUCCCUUGACACUUUUUUUGGGUGUGCCAGGACCAUUCACAGCUGAGCUCACUCAGUUUAGCUCAACACUGAUUGGCUAUUAUUAUUAUUUAUUUUUAUAUCAAAGUAGGCCAAAUGCUUGCUGGCUUCCCUUGCAUUCAUUGCUAUGGGCGGCAACAAUGUCAUACUCUUUUUGACCAGACAUCAUCAGAUAGAUACGCUACACAUACAGAGACAGAGGGGCGCUGUUUCGCUCACUCGGAUGCCUUCUCUGGUGAGAAACAUUCAGCCUCUUGCAUAUUGAAGGAAAAUUAUGAAACACAGAGAGAAGAAAGAUACAUUAUUUUGUGUGUUUUUUUCUUGGUAAAUGUUUUGGGCAAGCCUGGCUCCCCUUGGCAUCCAUGAAUACACACCACUAGUUAAGGUGGAGCCCUAAAGGUUUUUUAGGACAGUUUCUCAUGGUUAGUGGUAUGCUAACUAAAGACAUUAUGGUUUGAGGCUGUGGUUACAUUACCUCAUUACUGUAGCUCAUCGCAGUGGCUUCUUUCACCGUGCAGAUCCCCAGCCCAACGACCACUACCUGUACUACGGCUUUUCCAACUUCGCACUGGAGCUGAAUGAGCUUACCCCAGGCUUGAAGCCUCUUCUGCCCCCCACAGACUCACGCCUUCGCCCUGACCAGAGGUGAGUGGUGCCUCAAUGGGCCGUGGAGGGCUUGAUUAGGACAGGAAAACCACCAUUGUACAAAUCACGUUUUUAUAUUGAUAGGAUGUUCAAUUUUUGAACCAGGAAAAGCUCAGGGCCUUACUCGUAGAUAUGAUGUGAUGGGUUUGAUGAAUUGGAGCGUUUUUUAUGAGGUUUUUCUCUUCCUCAGGAUGCUGGAGGAUGGGAGGGUGGAUGAUUGUGAUACGUUUAAAGAAGAAGUGGAGGACAAGCAGAGGGAGCGGAGGAAACAACUGGCUAAGAAAGGACAGGAGCACAAGCCACGCUUCUUCAAGUAAGUGCCUGCCCUUUUUAGUAUUCAGUGAUACUGAAGCAAUACAAAUCAGUGUGUCGUCUUAUAUCUAGGAUAAUACUUUAACAAAAAAUACUUAAAGGUAUGCUUUCAGUAAUUUACAUUUUCUGUUAAUUUUCCAUAUUCAGGAAAGCCAUGGAUUCCUCUGGGAGGGAAGUGUGGCUGACCAACGGAACCUAUUGGAAAUUCAGAGAGAACCCAGGGUUUGCUAACACAAACAACCUGGAACUAUGGUGA